UAAGGUGAGAAUCUAAGUGAGGAUUUUCUGUUGGAUUCAGAGCGGAGACGCAUUUUUCUGUCGGAGUUAAUUGGAUCUCGUCAUGCCUGUAUAAAGCUGGUCUUUUUAUUAAUUUUUUUAAAAUUACAUUUUUACUAACAAGUGGGACCCGAAUUCAAAAGCUCAGAUCUUGAAAAUGGACGGCCCAGAUCUGGUGAAAAUUUCCACUGGACCCACAUUUACCAAAAUAUGUUACCCCAAUCAUCAUUAGGCCCAUCUCUUUACCCGUGCCUCAGACACUUCUCUAUUUCAUAUCUCCCUUCACGAUAGAGAGAGGGAGAGAGAGAGAGAGUGAGCAGAGAAGGAAAGAACUCGAAAAUGGACGAUUACGCUAGAGAAAUGAUGGACCUCAAGACUCUCGUCACUCGAACUCUGGAGAAGAAGGGCGUCCUCGCUAAGAUCCGGGCUGAACUCAGGGCAAGUGUCUUUGAGGCAAUUGAAGAGGAGGAUAGGGUAAUUGAAAAGGAAGAGGGCUUACCUCCUGCAUUGUUGGGGAGCUGCAAUGAACGCGCAAAACAACUUCAUGCUUCUCCUUCAGGGAGGUUGCUAACUGCACUGAUAUGUGAAUAUUUGGACUGGGCACAACUGAAUCAUACACAUAAAGUUUAUCUGCCAGAGUGCAAUUUGCAAAAGGAUUUUUGGAAAGCUGAGUUGAAGGAAUUUAGUAGUAAGAAUGGAUAUGAUAUAAACAGAAAUGGCGAUAGUGGUCCUUUGCUUUUGGAUGUUCUUGAAGGAUUCUUGAAGUUUGAGAAUUUAUCCCAAGGAAGAGGUAUUGGAAGGAGAGUAUCAGAAGCUGAGUCCUUAUCUACCUUAGAUUCAAGGAAUGUUCGAAGACCCUCUUCAUCAUCUGUUGCUGGUGGUUUACCUCCAUUAGGAAGGCCAGCUUCUUCUCAGACAUCCGAUAGGAGAGCAGGAUCCUCCAUGUCUAGUUACAGGAAAGAUGAAUAUAAUUGGAGAUAUGACAAUGAUGAACUUCCAGAAGAUGUGAUACGAGCUUCAGCUGCACUGGAAAACCUUCAGUUGGACAGGAAGGCUCGCAAUCUAACUACAUCUUGGCGGCGUGCUGGGGAUGGAAUGAGUGAUGAUGAUGGCAGGGUCGACCAUAUUUAGCUGAACGGCGUCCUCUGUGACACUGCACUUGUAGUUUAGUGUGUAUUUUUAAUUUUAAUCUAUCAAAUGUUUUAUUGACAGGAAAAAAGGGUAGUGAUUUUAUGUAAGUCUUCUCUUUCCUUCUUUUUUUCCCCCAAAAUAUGUUGAGGUGAUUUAUUGUUUUGUAUGAGCUUCCUUGAUUUCACUUAUAUUAUGGAAUCCAUUUUGAUACUCCAUAAA